AUGCCCUCCUCUCGCAAGUCCCAUUCGCCUCCCAAGAAGGAUUCGCCUCCUAAGACCCAGCGCACCCCUGAGAAGCAAAAAACGUACGAAGAGAAUCGACGCAACCUGGCUCGUUACCGCCUGCGACCUGAAGAAGUUGAAAAGAUUGCCAGACAUGAUGAGUUGGCUGCAGAGCUUGCUUCUCUCAAAGCACACUUGAAAGAUGCACAAGUCAAGCUGCUGCUGAAGAAAGUGCACUCACUUGAGCAACAGCUGUGGUUUCUAAAAGGCCAGUGCAAAUGCUCUGCAAACAGCGAGAAUGGCCCGCUUAGUGUGCAGCACCAAGAGAAGGAAAAAUGA